AAUUAAAACCCUAAACCCUAAAUCUUUCUUCUCUUUCAAGUUUCAACGGAGAAGAACCUCCCCGUACCGGGAAGAAAGCUGUAUAUAUUCGUAGGUUUAACCCUGAUCUCUGAAACUUCUAAGAUUAGAUUUCUAUCUUCCAACCCAUUUUCUGAGUAGAGAGAGAGAAUGGCGUCUGUAGCGUUGAAGAAGAACUACCGUUGCCUUCAGUCCUUGCAACAAUUUUACAGCGGUGGACCCUUUGCCGUCUCAUUUGACGGGUCAUUUAUCAUCUGCGCCUGCGGUGACACAAUUAAGAUUGUCGAUUCUUCCAACGCUUCCAUAAAAUCGACAAUUGAAGGUGACUCGGAAUCCGUCACAGCCCUCGCUCUUAGUCCGAACAAUAACUUUCUAUUCUCUUCCAGCCACAGUCGGCAAAUUAGGGUUUGGGAGCUCUCUACACUGAAAUGUCUACGUUCUUGGAAGGGACAUGAAGGUCCUGUAAUGGGCCUGGCUUGUGACACUUCUGGUGGAUUGCUGGCAACGGCAGGGGCUGAUAGGAAAGUACUUGUGUGGGACGUUGAUGGUGGAUUCUGCACGCAUUACUUCAAAGGUCACAAAGGGGUUGUGACUUGUAUUAUGUUCCAUCCUGACCCGAAUCGACUAAUACUUUUUUCUGGAAGUGAUGAUUCCACUGUUCGAGUUUGGGACCUUACAAGCAAGAAGUGUGUGGCAACACUAGAGCAUCGAUCAACAGUGACUUCAUUGGAAGUUUCUGAAGACGGAUGGACCUUGCUUAGUGCUGGAAGAGAUAAGCUUGUAAACUUGUGGAACCUUCGUGAAUAUGGCUCCAAGAUCACUGUACCAACAUAUGAGACGCUUGAAGGCGUGUGUGUAAUUGAUUCUGGAUCUCCUUACGCGUCAUGCCUGGCUUCAUGUAUCCAGCAACAUGGGAAGAAAAGGGCUGAUUCAGCAGCAAUUUAUUUUGUCACUGUUGGUGAACGUGGGCUUGUACGCAUAUGGAGUUCUGAUGGUGCAGUGUGCCUUUUUGAGCAGAAGUCCUCGGAUGUUACUGUCAGCUCAGAUGAGGAAGACUUGAAAAGAGGCUUCACUGCAGUUGUGAUGUUGCCUUCAGAUCAGGGGUUGCUCUGUGUCACUGCUGACCAGCAGUUUCUUUAUUAUUCCCUGACAGAACAUACUGAAGGUUGUUUGAAGUUAAUGCUAAGCAAAAGGCUUGUUGGAUACAACGAAGAAAUUGCCGAUAUGAAAUUUUUGGGCGAUGAAGAACAAUUCCUUGCCGUUGCUACAAGUGUUGAACACGUACGCGUGUAUGAUCUUGCAUCCAUGUCAUGUUCCUAUGUAUUGGCAGGUCAUACCGAGAUUGUUCUAUGCCUUGAUACAUGCGUAACAAGAUCUGGAAGAACACUUAUUGCGACAGGAAGCAAAGACAAUAGUGUUAGGUUAUGGGACUCCGAGAGGAGAAGUUGCAUUGGGGUUGGCAUAGGUCAUACCGGAGCUAUUGGAGCUGUUGCUUUUUCAAAGAGCAAGCGGAACUUCUUUGUUAGUGGUAGUAGUGACCGUACCCUCAAAGUGUGGAGUUUAGAUAGUCUUGCUGAUGAUGCGGAAGAAGCUUCUAAUUUGAAAGCAAAAGCAGUUGUAGCAGCCCAUGAUAAGGAUAUAAAUUCUUUGGCUGUUGCACCAAAUGACAGUCUUGUAUGUAGUGGUUCCCAGGACCGCACUGCAUGCUUAUGGCAUCUUCCAGAUCUAGUAUUUUUGGUGGCACUUAAAGGACACAAAAGGGGGAUCUGGUCUGUAGAGUUUUCUCCUGUUGAUCAAUGUGUUAUAACAGCAUCUGGAGAUAAGACAAUAAAGAUAUGGGCUAUAUCUGAUGGUUCAUGUCUAAAGACAUUUGAAGGGCACACAUCUAGUGUUACUAGGGCAUCAUUCAUUACUCGUGGGACUCAGUUUGUUUCAUGUGGUGGUGAUGGUUUGGUGAAGCUGUGGACAGUUAAAACUAAUGAAUGCAUUGCAACAUAUGAUCAACAUGAGGACAAGAUUUGGGCCUUAGCUAUAGGGAGGAAGACAGAAAUGCUUGCAACUGGAGGCACCGAUGCAGUGAUUAAUUUAUGGCAUGACUCUACAGCUUCUGAGAAAGAUGAAGCUUUUCGUAAAGAAGAGGAAGGUGUUUUAAAAGGUCAAGAGCUAGAAAAUGCUGUAUCAGAUGCAGAUUACACCAAAGCAGUCCAAAUUGCCUUUGAGCUACGCAGGCCUCAUAAGCUAUUGGAGUUAUUUGGAGAAAUUAACAGGAAGAGACAUGCUGAAGGUCAGAUUGAGAAAGCUUUUCAUGCUCUUGGCAAAGAGGAAUAUCGUCUACUUUUGGAAUACGUUCGAGAAUGGAAUACAAAGCCAAAGCUCUGCCAUAUUGCUCAGUUUGUGCUUUUUCGGGUUUUCAACAUGCUUCCUCCAAAAGAGAUUAUCGAGAUACGAGGCAUUGGAGAACUCCUUGAAGGUCUUAUCCCAUAUUGUCAGAGGCAUUUCAGUAGGAUAGAUGGGCUGGAAAGAAGCACAUUCCUGUUGGACUAUACCCUUACAGGAAUGUCUGUUAUUGAACCAGAAAUUGAGGAAAGAGAAAUAGAAGACAAGUCUGUGAAGCAUUCCAAGGAUGCAGAUGAGGAGCAAUUAGCUAAAACUGCAAUGGUAGAGCAGGAACAGGAGCAGGAUCAUGCAAAGCAGAAAGAGAAGUGUUCUUCGAAAAAACGGAAAUCCUACAAAUCCAGAGAUGUUGCCAAUAAGAAAGUCAAAGGAAUGGAUUUUAUUUGAAUAGUUGAGCCAUUGCAUCUAAGGCAUAACACAUCUCAGAUGCUUUAACAAUGAUUCAAUGUAUUUGUUAGUUUAUUUAUCCGUUGCCAUCUAAUGCUCAUCCUAGAAAUUGGAUUUUUUUUUUUUUUUUUUGUGGUCGUUAGAAGUGGGGCUUGUUGCUCUACAAAAUUUUGUAUGAUGCCAAUUUUGUUGAGUCUAACUGCAGAGAUCACACAUUUUUAGUGGGAUUUCAUCGUGUCUUUCAAAUUUAUUGUAUAU